CCACGUUUUUCGAUUGAGUAGGUUCUGGAGCUAUUGUAGGAGUUUUUCUAGUAUGGGAGUGGCAAAGAAAUCUCAGGUUGACUAAGGUUUUCACGCGUCGGGUUCACGUGUCGCUUUUCAAUUUUGUCUGCUGCUGAUCCGCUAUUCAUUCGAAAUCGAAUCCACUUUAUUGCAUGUUGCGGCUUGGUGCCCGGCCCAGCAUGGAAGUCGACACCGACAGCGGCCAUCCAACUCCAAGAGACGACGAAAAUUCAGCGGAAGAGAGCAGUGAAAGCUAUCAAUACUUUUCUCCUCAAGCUGCUUCGACACCCAUCGCACAACACGUACGGAAGUCCCUUCGUGCUAGAAACAAUAGCUUUUUCGAAGCGUCCGAGAAGCAAAACGGCAUCGAUACUGAUGGUGCCGAGGUUUUCGUGAAGACCAUAGAACAACUAAUUCAUUCUACUGAGAAAAAUCGGCGUCUAACGAAAGAGAAUGAGCGAUUUCUCAAUGAAAGUGCAGCAUGGUACGAAGAAAAAUCAUUUCUGGAAAGAAAGAUAAAAGAGAGUGAAGCCGAUGCUGAAUCUCUUCGAAACGAUCUCCAGGAGAAAGAAAACAGAAUUGAAGCGUUGGAGAAACAAGUAGCUGAGUUACUUCAAAGUAUAUCUGAACAUCCUGCAGAGGAAGCUUCUGAGGCAGCUGUUGAGCUAAUUGUCGACAGAAAGGUCCUCCUGGAAGAAGGGACUCAGUGUCGAGCAGAUCAGCGAGACGCAGAAACACAAGCGGACGUUAGCAAUGAGGAUUAUGCGCAGAUGAAAGAUCGUGUAGAAGCACUGGAUGCUGAAAAUCGGGAACUUCAUCAUAAAUUAGAGAAUUUACAGUCUGUUGUGGAUGAGGUGACAAGCUUACGAAAAGAUGAAGAGCAAUGGCGAGAGAAGUGUUCGUUCCUUGAAGCGGAGAACAAUGAGGUUCGAAAAGAGGAGAAAGAACUACUGAAGGAAAUUGAAGAAAAGAAGACGGAGCUAAUUAAACUGAAGACACAGAACGAGUCUCUAACCACUGAGGUGGAUUGCCUUCGAGCGCAAGCAAAAAAUUUUGAGGAAAUGCGCAUGAGAAACCACGAUUUGGAACAACUACAGUCAGAAAAUGAACGAUUGCUGGUAGAGCACAAAGUGCAAAUCGCUGAAUUGAGGUCUUGCGUUGCAUCAUACGAGCAGACGAUAAAAUCGCUGAGGGACUCUGAAAAAGAAAUGAAGGAGCGGAUUGAUGAGAAACUUGCUGAAGCCAAGAAAUUGGACGACGAAUGCCGGACAUUACGGAAUGUAGGCGAUAAGCUUAGCGAAGAAAGUGUGUUUGCCACUCUACUCAACAAUGAACUGAAACUAAAACUGACGCAAGCUUAUAAUGAGAUAGAUGAGCUCAAAGCUUCAAUAGACAAAGAGAGAGAUGCACGAAAAGCAGAAGUGCAGUCAAUUUGCAGUGUAGCUGAAAUUAACAAAAAGCUCCAACUGUCGAAUGUUCGUGUAGAUGAAUUGUGCAUUCUAAACGAGAAGAUCUCGACUGAACUCGACUACCUUCGUCAGAAAUUGGUGAAUAGCGUCAGCAAGGAAGAGAUGGAGGAUUUAUCUGCGUCGCUUAAAAAAUGCCAGCGAGAUCUUGACGCUGCGAUGCGGGAUAAGAAGGCAUUGCUGGAAAAAGAGGAACAUUACGGAAAGGAGAUAGCAAAAAUUGAAUCUUUGCGGUUUGAACUGAAAGCCCGUGAUGACAUGAUUUGUGAUCUACGCGCCUCUGAAGUCAAGCUUCAUGCUGACCUGGCUGCAAAAUCUGAAGAGCUGCUCAAAUUACAAAGUCAGUUCGAUGAUCUAAGUCGAGAAUGCUGCAAAAUUCGAGAAGAGUACCACUUUUUCCAGGAGAACGCUGAACAACAAUACUGUGCCAUGUUAGAGGACAAGUGUAAACAGAUAGAGGCCAUGUCAGUUCGGCUUGCACAACUGGAAUCGUAUCCGGGGCAAACCCUUUCUGCCGAUGGUGCACUAUGCGCUCGAUGCGCAGAGAAAAAUGCGGAACCGGUAGAUGACUGUGCAGAAGGCCAUGCUCUUUACGAGUAUUUGCCGACGGCACUACGUGAAUUUGUAGAAAAGAGCGACUCUGAUGAAGUGAAGGCUGCAGUAGAAGAAAUGCGAAAUACAUCUGUACCAGAUUAUAUUAGUAAACCUAAUACUAACACACUCAAGAAGGAGGUUGCAACAUCGACCUAUAAUCUGGAUGACACAGGGGACAAGGCUCAAGUCUCAAACCUGUCGGCAAAACUUGACGAUUCAUUGCCGCUGAGCCAAAUCGUUGAAUGUUUCGAAGGAUUAGAGGACUAUCGCCUACACAUUGAUUCGCCCGAUCUACGUCCUGAAAUGCGUCGUUUCUUUGCCUGUAUAAAGUAUGAACCAGACAUUGAAGCUGUGAAGAGUGCGGCUCGGCAUCUUCUAGAAAGCUGCGAUAGGCUGUUCCUCGACAAUGCUAAGGAAGUGUUCAGAAAAGAAGUACAAAAUAUUCAUGAAUCUAAAGAUGCACUGGAAAAGAUGAUUAGUUCUGAAAGAUUGCAAUGGGCUAUUGAAAAAGAAAAUAUGGAGAUGCAGCUAGACCGCUUUCGCCGACAUGUCGAACAAAUCCCGAUUCUCCAUAAAGAAAAAGCUAUCAUGAGGGCAGAACUGAAUGCAACGAGAGUGCAGAUUGAGCAGUAUCGGCUAAAGUUAAAGCAAAAAUGCGAUGAAUAUGAGAGGCUAGAGCAAGAAAGAGACAGCAUGGAGGCUUUAGCAAAGGAGUUCCAAAAAUUAGACCAGGAUUCUCAGGAACAGAUCAAAGAAGCAAACAGUGUUAUUGAUGAGCUUGAGAGGAAACUGAAGGAUGUUAGCGCUGAUCUUGAAAGGGAACGACGCGAGGUCAUUAUACUGAAAGAUGAUAACGAUGCGUGUACGCUCCAUAUCUGCAAUCUCAAAGCGAGGAACAACGACCUAAUACAGAAAGCCCAGGAGCUGAUGUGUGCUUGUGAAAAAUUGGAGAAAACGGAGAGAUACAAUCAGAAAACUAUACAAAUCGUCUGUGAAAGCUUUUGGGAGAGAGAAGAAUUUGUGCAGCGACUCAAGAGGAGAAGCACAGAGAGAAAGAAACUCAUCGAGCGCUUUGUCGAAGAAGUGAACCAGAUCAUACUCUCGUUUGGAGGAAGUCCUGACUCAGUAGACGACAUGCAAACUACGAUCCGGACAUGGACUUCAACCGACACGCAGGACGACAAGGAUCACGAAUCCCGAAAACAAACUCUUUUGGGACAGCUUGAAAAACUUGGCUCAGAUCAACAAUUCAGGACGGCUCAGCAGAAAAUCAUGCUCAGAUCCAAAUAGCAACCUCUUCUAAGCCAUUUAUGAUAUCCGGAAUAGAUUCUUACUAGUCAUAUUCGUGUAUUGUUAACUAGCUAGAGUUAUUUUUGACUUUGAAAUUUACCACAGCAACUGAUU